AUGGACCAGUAUGGCAUCCCCCAGGUGAGCGGCUUCCAGUUUGACCUUCAGUGGGCUGUGAUUUACUGUGAUGCGAGGCACGCCGAACUGGAGACCUGCUGCGACAUCCCUUCCGGUCCGUGCCGGGUGACCAUCGUGACAGAACCUCCACCCACGCCCCAGCUCCCUCCCACCGCUGGCAGUGAGCAGAUCGGAUAUUUGAAGACCAUCAACUGCUCCUGCCCAGCGGGAGAAAAGGGGGAGAAAGGCUUUGCUGGCCCCGUGGGACUCCCUGGUCCAAAGGGAGACAUGGGGAUGCCCGGGCUGACCGGCGCGCCUGGAUCCAGAGGCGAGAAAGGGGACUCGGGCAGAGGACCUUUCGUCCAAGGAGAAAAGGGUGAGAAGGGAUCUCUGGGCCUGCCUGGCCCCCCCGGGAGAGAUGGCAGCAAAGGCAUGAGGAUCGACGUGUUUGCAACGUACCGGACACUCGCCUACAACCCCACCAUGCACAUCGACAGUCGACCUGCUGGGCGCGUUUCCCACGAGACUGACUGGGCACACCUGGUCCUCCUGGUGCGGCAGGACCCCAGGGAGAGAAGGGAGCUCCAGGACCCCGAGGUCACCAGGGCCCACCUGGGCAGCCAGGAGAACCGGUAA